UACUUUCUCAAAAUUUUCUGUGACAAAAAAUGGAAUUUUGUCUAUAAAAUGUAAAUAAAAUUCGAAAAUCUUUAAACUAGCGGUUGAUUGAACCUUUUAGAAGUUACUGUACUAAACUCACCACGCCGCAUUCCAACAUUAGCAUCAGCUGUUAGCGCUGUUUACGCUGAUAAGACCAAUUUGGUUGGUGCAAGAAAAAUUAGUGGAGCGGCGAAUUUACUUCUCUGGCAGAAAAAGUUAAGCAAUGUAUGCGGCAUUUCGUCAGAUUUUGCCUAAACCCGUGUGGCUGAAACCGUUGCCAAAAUUUUUGGUUAAUCAACAGACGCGGAUACUGACACAGCAGCCAGAGCACAUUAAGUUACCGCCCACUCCGAAGCCCUGCUGUUUGGCCGGUUGCACGAAUUGCGUUUGGGUCGAAUAUGCGCAUAAAAUUGCUGACUUAUUGAAUGGUUGUGACGAGAAAGCGCAAGAAAUUGUUUUGAAUAAAGUGCCUGAUCCGGUGUUGAGAAGUUUCUUGAAAGUAGAAUUGAAAAGCAUACAACAGCAAAGAGAACGCGAACAGUUCGACGACUGAUAAG